ACAAAAACAAGUCUCAUGCGCUGCUGUGACCUCAAUUCGAGCGCAUGCUUGGGCUACGACACCGGUGCCCCCUGACUGGCAAGCCUAUGCAACCGCGUGGUGAAUAGAAGACCUAGGGCGGCUUUUCUACCAUCUGCUCUGUAUCGCCGCCUUCACCUCGCGUUCCUCCACUCCCCCUCCUCCAGCCAUGGCCGACAUGGACCAAUCUGUCGACGACAGGCCAUCGACAGCUGCCAGCCCGUUCAAUUUCCAGACACAAACUAUUUCGACUUCACCUGUCAAGUCGAACAUCGGACAGCGUCGCGGGCAUCGCUACAAACACAGCUCCAUCUCGACCCAGCAUCAGAUUUUCAAGGAGCCACCGCAACGGCCACCUCCCGUUCUGCCCGCUUCGCUCCCAUACCGACACUGAAAGACGCUCGCGAGCGCAUGAAGAACUGGGUGAAUGUGCCGACCAAUUCGGUGCUCACCAUACACAACCAGACUGUGAUGGUGCACCCCAUUGUCGACGAAUAUUUCGACCGGAGUCCCUACCACGUCCGUUCCAGCGCGUUCGUCCAAGCUAAGGUCGAUGUGUUGGGCAACUUUGAGGUCUGGCGCCGAAGCAGCAUUCGUCAUCCCUUUGGGCUCGAGCGCGCAGAGGUUAUCGCGGGCUUCGCCAUGUCCAUUUUCCUUCUUUUUGGAGGUUUCGAUCUGGUGUCCCAUGGCCUGAAGCACUGGCUCGAGAGCAAAGGCGGCCAUGAACCGCAUCACGACCACAGUCACGACUACGUCCCUACGGGCGAGGUUGAGUGGGUUGCUUGUGCAGCAAUCAUUAGUACGCUGGUCUCGACUUAUUGGGUCAAAAACCACGCACGAAUCGCCAGGAUUAUGCGCGCCUCAUGGCUGUCUGUGAUCUCCCACCAUUUUAGCAACGUCUUCCACGUCUUGACCAUUUUCUUCUCGACCUUGGUACUCCUCUUGCCGCUGCUACCAGGAGAUCCCAUCUUCUGGGAUCGGACGCUGUGCGCUGCCAUCGCAUGCGCCAUGUUCGUCUUCGGUGCUCAGCUUGGUACAGCUCAAGCCUCUAUGCUGCUCAUGGCCUAUCGCGGCACCAAGAGCACGGACGGUGUUUCUUCCGUCAUGAAGGAGAUUGAGGCGGAGCCGAACAUCACACGAGUCGACGAGGCACAAUUUUGGCAAGUACACUACGGACUGUGCAUGGCCAAUCUAAAGAUUUCCGUUCCGAGGGGAUGCGAUGAAGGAACCAUCAGUAAGCUGCGAAGUCGUAUUUCGUCGCUCAUCCAGAACCGUCUCGGUGAGGGUUAUGGGCGGGGCUCCAGUUUGCGAUGGGAGGUAACCGUCCAGACCAGCAUCGACCCGAAUUAAAUCUUGGUGGUGUUGGAUCGCAGAACAAGAUGGUGCCUGGUGGUACGCACACAUUCCCACGCACCGAGUUGGACGGGCUCGAACGCUCAGUGUCAUGACAAGAAUAAAUAAGAAUCGAGCAGGGUAUCCAUAUGCCUUAG